GCUUUGACAGUUGCGCCCUUUAGACCAGUUUCGACUAGUGGCGGCUUUGUUUUGAUUUAUAGAACGCUUUCCUCGCUGUUUUUACCCAUUUUUCACGAGAAAUUGUCUAGAUAUACAGUAGAAAAUACACAAAAUGAGUUCAAUAAACAUCCCUACAGACUUUGGCCCAGAUUCUGGAGGCAGAGUUAAGGGACUCACAAUCGUCAAGCCAAUAGUUUACGGGAAUGUGGCGAGAUCCUUUGGCAAGAAGCGUGAAGAGGACGGUCACACACAUCAAUGGAACGUGUACGUGAAGCCCUACUUCAACGAAGACAUGUCGAUCUACGUGAAAAAGAUCCACUUCAAAUUGCACGAGAGCUAUGCAAAUCCCAGUCGGAUACUCACGAAGCCCCCUUAUGAAGUCACAGAGACGGGCUGGGGAGAGUUCGAGGUGGUCAUCAAGAUCUACUUUCACGAUCCCACAGAGCGACCGGUGACGCUGUAUCACAUCCUGAAGCUCUUCCAGUCGCCGAUCGUCGAUGGUGAAAUCUCGUCGACAGACAGCAAGAAAGGACUCGUGUCGGAGUCCUACGAGGAGAUUGUCUUCCAGGAGCCAACGCAGCUCAUGCAGCACUACCUCACCAAUGUCCAGAAUCUGUCCAAUGACAGCUGGAAGCACGACACGGACUUUGAGGAGAAGAAGCGUAAAUCUCUGGAGAACAUCAUGGAGGCGAAGGUGAGGGUGAAGUCGGACAUCACAUUGCUGAAGGACAAGCUGAAACUGGCCCGCGAGACCAUUGCGAAGUUCAAGGCGGAGCUGGCAAAGGUGCAGCCAUCGAAUUCACAGUGA